AUGAUGAUCCUGAGCUGGUCUGGAACGCGGCUUCAACAUGUCAUCAAUGAUGAGAAUUCCGCCUUCUUUCAUCAGAAGCGCGACCAAGCUCUGACCGUGCUUCGGUCCCACGGAGUUGUCUAUGGCGAUAACGAGUGGCGCAAUAUGUUGUGGGAUGAUCUAGAUGGCCGUUUAAUUGUCAUUGACCUAGAGGAAGUGAAAUGGCUUAAGCGCCCUCGGGCCCUUGAACCAACGUCUGGCAAUACACGUCGUGAUGAUUGUGUUGGGGCGGGGAAACCCCGACAAAGGCUUCUGGCCAGCUCAACUACUGUCUGCACAUGA